UCAUUGUGUCUCCAGUGCGCCUCAGCUAAAGUGAGUGUGUGGCUAUUUGGCNAAAAAAAAAAAAAAAAAAGGACUUGUGUCUUGCCAUGGAAGUGGCUCGGUAUCAGUUCUCGAGGUCAGCCAGUAGUUCUCAGGAAAGGGUCCUUGCUCACUACAAUGAGGUGUCGUUAUUGCUGGAAGGGCAGCCGGAUUUCCCAGAAGAACUCAGAGGUGCCAAGAAAGGGAUGUUAUACCUUACCCAAUAUAAAAUAAUAUUCCAGCACAAAGAUAAAGGUUCCACCAUCAUCCGUUUUCCGCUGCACCUCUUAGGAGAGUGUGUUUUAGAAGAAGAACUGGGCCUCAAAUCUCAGCAUAUCAGAGGAAGCUUGGCUUCUACCCAGGGAGUCCUUGCCUUCAAAUUCACCUUCCAAUAUGGAGCAUCCGAGUGCCUAAACAUGAUCAAAGAUCUGGCUAAAGCAGACAUUUUGAGAGAAGGUACCAACCUCCAGGAAUAUCCCACUGCUUCCAUCUACACCUACGCUCAUCCUGCUGCACCUCGGACAGUUCGUUCUUUCGACAUGUUGCCACUAGGGCCACCGCCUUACCCUGGGCCCCCGGACCCUCCUCCUCCCUAUUCUGAAGUGGAAGUGGUAUUUCCUGGAAGAAACAGGAGUUCAGGAGUCCAAGGGAGCUGCUUGUUUUGCAGAGGACAGAGGAUCCAGGAACACGCUAACAGGCAGGACUGAAGAAUCAUGUGCAUAAAUGUACUUUUAUAAAAGAAUAGCAAGUUCUUCCAUGUCCUUGUCUUUCCUGUUGAAGGUUUUCUGGCAUGACACAAAUCCAGCAGAUUCAUCACACUCCAGCCCUCUG